AUGACGAGUAUUUGUACCGCAUUUAUCCUGUCGAAAACGGAAAUUAUCACGAAUGCCCAUUGUGUGGAUGACGCCCCAUAUGUUCAUGUGGUAGCUGAAUUCAGCGAUACCGUUGGUAGUAUCGAACUCGUGGAUAAGGAUUACAAAUUGAAUGACCAAUCAGAAGUGGUCACUGCCUAUGGAUAUGGCGUGUUGAACAACAUCGGACCAUUGAUAUUGAGGCGUUGCGAUGCAAACUAUAUAUCUGAUGUCGAACCAGCCAACACAUUUAACAUAAGUCAGACUUUAUACUUUACAACUGGUGAAGCAACGAAUGAUGGCGAAAUUAUUGCACACGGCGAUUCGGGUGGACCAGUCGUUUCAAAAAUAAAUGGCAAAAUAGUGGGGAUAACAAUGGGUAUAUAUGGAACAACAGGUGGCCGCGGAAUGUUCCUUCCAAUUACUCUAUUCCUUGAUUUUAUUCAUGACCCAAAGAGCGUGAAACCAAUUCCACCUCCGCUUACACCUAACGAAGCUAAAUUUAUAGCCGAUAUAACGGUACCGGGAAAAUUUCUUACUGCUUACAAAAAUGAACUUGCCCAUGCCGACGAAAAUUUUCAACUAGAAUUUAAUGCAAUCAUUUUGUCGAAAACGGAGAUUUUGACCUGUGCUUAUAGUGUGAUCGGCGCCCCAUAUGUCUACGUAACCGUUAAUAAACUAUCAAGAAAUGCGACAAAACUUAAAGUCACUGAAGACCAGAUAGAAAUUCAUGAGAAAUACGCAUUGUCGAGGUUUGCAUUUAACGUUGCCAAGAUUACACUUGGAGAACCGUUGGAGUUCAACGAUAACGUCGGCAGCAUCGAUUUGGUGGACAAAGAUUACAAAAUGGAUGACCCGUCCGAAAUGGUCACUGUUUAUGGUGAUAUGGUAUCAGAUGGAACAAUGAGAACGAGGCGUUAUGAUACAAAGUAUUUGGAUGGCGCCAAAUGCAAACCGAAAUAUGGCGCUGCUUUUGAUGCAAAUCAUUUGAUGUGUUACACUUUAGAUGGAAGCAUGGGAACUCCCUUUACGUUUGGAGGUCCAAUGAUUUCGAAAAAGAAUAACAAACUCGUGGGUAUUACCAUAUUUCAUUCGGGUGGUAAGCCAGUUAUUUUUCAACCGAUUGCACCGUUGCUUGAUUGGAUCCGGAAGCCAAAGAUGAGACGUAAUCAAAGAAGAAGAAUAGCUUGA